CACUUCAGUUUUAUUUACUUGUCAAGUAUUUCUAAGUCAAACCCAAAAUCAGAUUUUCGAAAUUCAUGAAAUUUCCCUUUCAAGUUUUGAUCUUUUGCGGUUGUUUAGCUUCAACACCUCUUGAGAAUUGAGAUAUCCUUUUCCCAGCAAUUUCGUAGUAGUUGCUUCAUACGCGUUUUAGGUCUUAUUUAUUGAUUCUCUUCCGUCAAUCUAUGAAGUAUCAUUUCCGUCUUUCACUUCACUACUUUUCGAUCUUCUUCAGUAUCUUAUUCUGGAUCUUCUUUUUAGUUUUCUUCUCUUGAAUUUCAGGUCAGAUAUCUAAGUGCAGCUUCAGUAACAGAGAGGUGAGUUCUGCAGAUACCAAUUGCUCCUUCUUUACUACUGGACAGAAGUCUUCAAUUCAUCAAGCCUGGACAGCUGCUUAUCUACAUAAACCAGUCAAAUUUGUGAAAGAUUUCCUGCAAUUAUGGGAGGGAGACAGUCAACAGCACAUUUCAACCCUGAUGAUCUAUUUUAUUAUGAACCACCAUCAAUUCAGACUUCUUCAGCCUACCCCUCGUAUGCAAGUAACCGCAUGGAAUCAGAUAUAAUAAGAAAAUCACAGAGUAGGUACACGAAGAUUGCUGACAACUACAACUCCCUUGAGCAGGUGACAGACGCUCUUGCUCAAGCUGGUCUGGAAUCUUCCAAUCUCAUUGUUGGCAUUGACUUUACAAAGAGCAAUGAAUGGACAGGUUCAAGAUCUUUUAACCGUAGAAGCCUGCAUCACCUGGGAGAGUCUCCUAACCCCUAUGAACAGGCGAUAAACAUCAUAGGAAGGGCACUUUCCGAUUUUGACGAGGAUAACCUCAUACCCUGUUUUGGCUUUGGAGAUGCAUCAACACAUGAUCAGGAGGUGUUCAGUUUUUAUCCAGAUGAUAGGCCUUGUAAUGGCUUUGAGGAAGCACUUUUGCGAUAUAGGGAAUUAGUUCCACAUCUUCGGCUAGCUGGACCAACUUCCUUUGCCCCAAUAAUAGAAACUGCUGUCGGAAUUGUGGAGAAUAGUGGCGGUCAGUAUCAUGUUCUUAUGAUCAUUGCUGAUGGACAGGUAACACGAAGUGUUGACACAGGAAAUGGCCAACUAAGUCCACAAGAGCGUGAUACAAUUAACGCAAUAGUGAACGCAAGCAAAUACCCAUUGUCAAUUGUUUUGGUUGGCGUCGGUGAUGGCCCUUGGGACCUGAUGGAGCAGUUUGAUGACAAUAUUCCCUCUCGAGCAUUUGAUAAUUUUCAGUUUGUAAAUUUUACAGAGCUCAUGUCAAGAAACAUUCCCAACUCUAAAAAGGAGGCAGAAUUUGCUCUGGCAGCUCUGAUGGAAAUACCAUCGCAGUACAAAGCAACAUUAGAGCUCCAUCUCCUGGGUUGUCGGAGGGGGACCCCAGGGAGGAUUCCUCUCCCUCCCCCAAAUUAUGGUUCAGUAAAUUCUAGUUCGAAGUACUCAAGUUCAAACAGCUUUGAGCAGAGUGUUGGAUAUCACCACAGGACAUAUUCUCCUCCUCCACCUGAACAUGCUCCACGCAACCAUCAGAUCUGUCCCGAGUGUAGAAGUGCUGCCAAAGAUCUUGCAUUUGGAUGUGGCCAUCAGACAUGCUAUGGAUGUGGCAAAGAUAUGGCUUUCUGUCCCAUUUGCAGAAUCCAUAUAACCACAAGGAUAAGGCUAUAUUAAUUUGUAAUUUGGGUCCCCCUACACAAUGUUCUCAUGCAUUCCUUUCUUUAAAUUGACAUUUUAGCUUUGUGUCUGUAAAUAAUGGCUUAGAAGAUUCUGGUUUUUUAUCAUUCCUGAUACUUGGUUUGUGUGAUCUUAAUUCUAUUAUUGUUCUGUGUGAUCUUAAGUUCUAUACUUGGCUGAAUCAAAUAUUCAUUAUAUUUUUUGUAAA